UCAGCUGAUUUUAAAAUUUUCUGAUUAUUUAAAAAGUAAAAAAAUGCGGUCGAGAUUACUAUGUAAAUAUAUGAAGAUUCAUAAACGUUAUUCAUCGCAAAAUGUGACAAAGUGGAAAAGUGUAGUAGGGUUAGAAGUUCACGCGCAGCUUAAUACGAACUCAAAAUUGUUUUCUGGUGCACAAAAUACAUUUGGUGGAAUUGUGAAUAACUGUGUAUCAUUGUUCGAUGCUGCUAUACCCGGAACGUUACCUGUAUUGAAUAGAAAAUGUGUCGAGUUAGGUGUUUUGACCGCACUAGCUUUUAGUUGUAGAGUAAACGAAGUAUCAAGUUUUGAUAGGAAACACUAUUUUUACGCUGAUUUACCUGCGGGUUAUCAAAUAACGCAACAGAGGGCUCCUUUAGCCAAUGACGGUGUUAUUCAGUUUCAGGUAUACACUCCGGGAAUACAUAAAAGGCCUUAUAACAAAAGUUCGAAGAUCAAACAGAUACAAUUGGAACAGGAUAGCGGUAAAUCUCUUCAUGAUGCAGAACUUAAGAGAAGUCUCGUGGAUCUUAACAGAGCUGGAGCACCCCUUAUAGAAAUAGUUUUUGAACCUGAUUUAGAGGAUGGAGAAGAGGCAGCAGCGUUAGUAAAGGAAUUAGUAUUAAUAGUACAAAGACUCGGAGCAUGUACUGGACGCAUGGAAGAAGGUGCAUUGCGAGUAGACGCUAAUGUCUCCAUGCAUAGAGAAGGAGAGCCACUAUCUACUCGAACAGAGAUUAAAAAUAUCGGUUCCAUCCGCGGUGUCGCAAGUGCUGUUCGACAUGAAAUAGAACGCCAACAAUCCGUACUUGAAAAUGGCGGGAAAAUUAUAAACGAAACUAGAGCGUGGGAUGCCGUUGCCAAGGUUACAGUGCCGAUGCGAGACAAAGAAGUUGUUCAAGAUUACAGAUAUAUGCCCGAGCCCAAUUUACCGCCUCUUCGUCUUAAUUUAACAUCGAGACACGAUACACAAGACGUCAUUAGUGUGCCACUCAUACGGGACAAAAUACCAGAACUUCCAGAAGAAACUAGAACAAAUCUUAUAAAUGACUUCGAGCUUCGUCCAGAAAUAGCAAUACAACUUGUCAACGAACCGACUCUUUUGGGUUUCUUCCGCGAACUGACGAUAGACAAUAGAAGAAAUCCAACAAAAGUCGCCAAUUUGCUCUUAAAUGAUCUCUUGACUGUACUUAAUAAACGUAAAAUUAACAUAGUUGAUAGCAAUGUAACGGUGAAACAGUUAGGCGAAGUAAUAGAUUUACUAUUAUCAACGAAGAUUAAUCUAGAUGUUUGCCGUAAUGUUUUAGACGAAAUAGUAGAAAGUCCAAAAAAAUCUCCAACCCAUAUUGUCAACGAAAGGGGUUGGUUGUUAAUUACUGAUGACGAUGAAAUAACAGUUAAAUGUCUGAAAGUAAUUGAAACUAAUCCUAAAUUGGUGAAGCAAUAUAGAGAAGGAAAAGUGAAGGUGUUUAAAGCUUUAUUAGGUAUAUUAGUUAAAACAUCUGAUAGUAAACUUGAUAUGUCCUUAGCGUCUAAGAGAAUGGAGGAAUUGUUGAAGAAAUAAAGAAAAUUAAAAUCA